GCUCGCCCCACCUCGUGCUCAGCAGCAGCUAGGCACAGAACGACAGCCAUUCCGUGUCAUCUCCUUCUCCUCCUGACUGAUGCUGCCGCUGUCUAAACCCUGCUGAACCGCAGGCUCCGUCGCGCGGCUGUCAUGGUGAUUUUUGCGGACAUCUGCGGAAACCUUGUCCUCCUCUAAGUCACUCUCUCGAGCCUCCACGGGCAGAGGCUCGGGAGCAACGGUGGUGGUGGUGCGGCGCUGCCUCCCGUUUGAACAGCGGCAGGAGGAUGGCAUUGCCUCUGUGUGUGUGUGUGUGGUUGUGCUCGGUCUAUGGAGAUUUUAAUUAGCCGCUAACACACGCUUUGACAUUUACGACUGGCAAAACCGUGACGACCGAAGCACCGCGACGAUUAUGUAAAAGGAUACAAGUUUGAAGAGCUAGGUGGCCAAUCGGGUGACAGCAAGGCUCACUGAGGAGGGAAGCCAGCAGUGAGGCCAAGAGAUCUCCUUACCCCAUCCACACUGCUGCACACAUCCCUCCCCAUUAUCACUACCAUGUCUCUGCCCAGUGGCAGCCCAGAAAGAGAGGGCUCUGUCGGGGCUCUCUCUCAGCUCGAGUGCCCUUCCUCCCCAUCCGGAAUGGACCCAGACCCCUCAUCAACAGGCAGCCCAGUGCUCAGUCCAGAUUCAUCCUCCCAUGAUGCAUUGUUGUCUGCACCAGCAGCCUCCCCAGCGGACUCGGAGAACCUGAGUCCGGAUGAAUUGGAGCUGCUGGCCAAACUGGAGGAACAGAACAGGUUACUGGAGGCUGAUUCUAAAUCGAUGCGGUCGAUGAGUGGCUCGCGGCGCAACAGUGGCUCCUCACUGGUGUCCAGCUCCUCUGCUUCCUCCAACCUGUCACACCUGGAGGAGGACACCUGGAUCCUGUGGGGACGCAUUGUCAAUGAGUGGGAGGAGUGGAGACGCAAAAAGGACAAACUACUAAAGGAGUUGAUCAGGAAGGGCAUCCCCCAUCAUUUCCGGGCGAUUGUCUGGCAGCUGCUCGGCAAUGCCACCGACAUGCCGGUAAAGAACCAGUAUUCUGAGCUCUUGAAGAUGUCCUCUCCCUGUGAGAAGCUCAUCCGCAGAGACAUCGCCCGCACCUACCCCGAGCACGAGUUUUUCAAAGGCCAGGACAGCCUGGGCCAGGAAGUCCUCUUUAACGUCAUGAAGGCAUAUUCUCUGGUGGAUCGAGAGGUGGGCUACUGCCAGGGCAGUGCCUUCAUCGUUGGCUUGCUGCUCAUGCAGAUGCCAGAGGAGGAGGCGUUCUGUGUGUUUGUGCGUCUGAUGCAGGAGUACCGUCUGAGGGAGCUGUUCAAACCCAGCAUGGCUGAACUGGGCCUCUGCAUCUACCAGUUUGAAUAUCUGCUCCAGGAGCAACUUCCAGAGUUGAACGUCCAUUUCCGGUCCCAGAGUUUCCACACAUCCAUGUACGCUUCCUCCUGGUUCCUCACCCUUUUCCUCACCUUCCUCCCCCUGCCCGUCGCCACUCGCAUCUUUGAUAUUUUCAUGUAUGAGGGUUUAGAGAUUAUCUUCCGUGUGGGCCUGGCCAUCCUGCAGUACAACCAGACUGACCUCAUUCAGCUGGACAUGGAAGGCAUGUCGCAGCAUUUCCAGAAGGUGAUCCCCCACCAGUUCGACAGCUGCCCCGACAAGCUGAUUCUCAGGGCCUAUCAGGUCAAAUACAACCCCAAGAGGAUGAAGAAGCUUGAGAAAGAGUACACAACCAUCAAAAACAAAGAAAUGGAGGAGCAAAUUGAGAUCAAGAGAUUACGCACAGAAAACAGGCUGCUGAAGCAGAGGAUUGAGACGCUGGAGAAGGAGAGUGCUGCUCUGGCAGACAGACUGAUUCAGGGUCAGGUGACGAGGGCACAGGAAGCAGAGGAGAACUACGUGAUCAAGCGGGAGCUGGCAGUGGUGAGGCAGCAGUGCAACUCAGCCAGCGAGAACCUUGAGAAAGCGCAGGACACCAUCAGAGAGCUGCAGCAGCAGAGGUACACAGAACAGUUUGUGAGCAACCUCCAGACCCAGCUGGAGCAGUCCAGGCUGCGAGAGGCCGAGCUGCUCGGAGCGCUGAAGGAAAUGCAAGACAAGGUGCUCGACCUGGAGAAGAGGAGCAGCUGUCUGCCUGAUGAGAACAACGUGGCCGCUCUGCAGGAGGAGGUGAAGCAGAUGAAGCUGAGGGAGCUGGAGACGCUGAGCUCCUUCAGAGAGAUGCAGGACACGGUCACUGAGCUCAACCAGCGCUGGCAGCACCACAUGUCCCGUGGCAGCAGCACUGGUGGUGGGGGUGGCCACUGGAAGGAAUCCCCAAAGAAGAACGCCAUGAAUGAACUGCAGGACAAACUGAUGACGGUCAGACUGAGGGAGGCUCAGGCCCAGGCUGAGCUCCGAGAGGUCAAACUGAAAUCCCUGCAGCUGGAGAGCCAGAACCAGAUCCACAGCAAGCUCAUCGGUCGCAACGAGCAGGAACGCUCGGCGCUACAGGACCGGCUCCAGAUGCUGACCAAUCAAAAUAAAGCUCUCCAGGCCCAGCUUAACGAGAUGAAAAGGAAGCAGGCUGAGUCCGACUGCAAGAGUAAAGAAGAGGUGAUGGCGGUGCGACUAAGGGAAGCAGACAGUAUUGCUGCCAUAGCAGAACUCAGACAGAAGAUUGCUGAACUCGAGAUACAGAAGGAGGCAGGGCUGAUCCAGGGCCAGCUGAACCACUCAGAUUCCAAACAGUACAUAACCCAGCUCCGGGACCAGAUUGCUGAGCUUAAGAAUGAGAUCCGGCAGUUUCGGGGGCAGAAGGUGGCCCCCAGCGGAGGCCUGAGUACCAACUACCCGGAUCUCUGCCUGGCGAGCCCGGCUUCUGCUGAGGGGGACUACCUGAGCUCGGACGAGGACCUUCUCCCCAGCCCGCUGCCUCCCAGCGCCCUCUACCCCACCCUGUCCAGCCAGUGUCACCCGUCUGCCCGCCUCGAUAGUGAGGGCAGCACAGACAGCGAGGAGACAGAGGACCGCAUGCAGACACACCCAGACCCGCAGCAGCUGUACGGCAGCAUGGUGUGUGCAGAGGGACUGGAUAACUGAGAUGUGGA